CUCAAUGGUGGAACACAUGCUUUGUAUGCAGAAGGUCUCCGGUUCAACCCUUGACCUAAAAGGAUUUCAGGUAGCAGGUAAAGCAGCGGCUUCUCUCGCGUCCUGCCACCAGAGGGCUUCGUUCUUUGCUUGUAGAGAAGGCGCCGUUCUUUGUAAAGCAGAGUUAGGAGAGAGCGCUUCCGGGAGUACACAGAGUCGCCGCCUCCGUGGACGUCACAGCCCGGACCCCUUCGCUGUGGGCGGAGAUCUGAGGUCAGCUGCUUCCCAGCCCGACCGUAGUGAGAACUGCCCCAGACUUGAGCCAGUUUUCAGCUCUGCAGUGAAAACUUCAAGCCAGCCGAAGUCUGUCUAGCAGCUGCCCAGGGCUUCAGAUGAGAUCUUUCCCAACCCUACCUGGAAAUGCCAGUGAUUGAACAUGGGACCUUCUGCACGCAAGGCAGAUGCUCUACCACUGAGCUACAGCCCCAUCUGCUUUGUGUGGGCUUCCCGGAAGCAUGUGGCUGCACACUCUUGGAAACAGGAUGCUGGGCUUUGAUCUGUUCCAGCAGGACUCUUCCCUUGUUCUGAAGUGUUUUUUCCUCUGUGAUAAAAGAAAGCAAGUCAUACUGCAGCUGAAUCUUAGGAUGAUACUCCCAAAGUCUGCUUAUAUAUUUACUUAUUACACUUCUGUUUUGUCUAGCUUCCAUCAUACCUCAAGGCAACAUACAUGGUGUUCCCAAGCAGUUACCCAUCCAGGCAUUGGCCAGACCUAGAACUGCUUAGCUUCAGCAAAGUGGCUGUAAUGUGCUCUUGGAACAUGCCCUAGCUCUCUUUAAGGAGAUUAUUGUGCUUUAUCCUCUUUCCAAGUCAAAAAGCUCUUGCUUUGUUUUCUGGAGCUUGCCUAGAAAAUCUCAUUUUGUCUUCUUUUUCGUUGUCUUUUUGUCUACAGGAUUGGUGGCAGUCCAGCCUGAGGAAUUCUCCUCAAUGGAGAGAGAUGGAGAGAAACCAUUGAUCUUGGGCAACCAAAGUUGUAAAACAGAGGAGAACCAGAGUGCAGAACACCCCUGCAAUGGGAUGGCAACUGAGGAGCCUGUGUCUGUAAAAGAAGAGCCAAAUGAACAUGGAUGGUUAGGAGGACCUGAAGAGAGAGUUUUCCAAGCCUGCAAACGGGAAAGAGAUAGUGAGAGUCAGGAUUUGCCAGACAAGCAAGAAAAAUCCCCCUUGGACUUAAUACAAGACAAAGCUGCUCACUGCAAGGAGGAGGAUUUUAAGAAUCUUGACCAAAUUGUCAUCCAACAGCUGAUCCACAUUGGAGAAAGCGAGAUUGCAUGUAGCAAGCAGGGGGAGAGCUUCCGUCCAAGCUCAGGCCUCAGUAAGCCUCAAAUUGUCCCCUUGGGAGAAAAACCUUACCUGUGUAUUAUCUGUGAGAAAACCUUCCGCAAUCACUCUGGUCUUAUGGUGCAUCAGAGAAUUCACACAGGAGAGAAGCCCUACAAGUGCCCUGACUGUGACAAGAGCUUCAACCAGCGAUCACACCUGACUUCUCACCGUGGGACCCACACAGGAGAGAAGCCCUUUAAAUGCUUUGACUGUGGGAAAAGCUUCAGUUAUAACUCUGGGCUCAUCAUACAUCAGCGGAUACACACAGGGGAGAAGCCGUACAAAUGUUCCGACUGUGAGAAAAGCUUCAGUCAGAAAUCGCACCUGCUUUCACAUCAGAGGACCCAUGUGGGAGAGAAGUCCUUUAAGUGCCCCGACUGUGGGAAGAGCUUCAGUUAUAAUUCUGGGCUUGUUAUACAUCAGCGAAUCCACACUGGCGAAAAGCCCUAUAAGUGCUCUGAUUGUGGUAAAAGCUUCAAUCAGCGGUCACACCUCAUUUCGCAUCAAGGCAUUCACACGGGACAGAAGCCGUAUACGUGUAAGGACUGUGGGAAGAGCUUUAGCUUCAACUCUGGGCUCGUUAUCCAUCAGCGGCUUCACACAGGGGAGAAGCCGUAUAACUGUCCCAACUGCGGGAAAAGUUUUAAUCAAAAAUCGCAUCUUAUUUCACACCAGAGAGUCCACACCACACACAAACCCUAGCUUAUGAAGAAAAUGCUAUGGUAGACUAAUUCCUAUUACUAUAAACAAUAUUCCUCUCCUGAAGGAUCUAGAACAUGGCUUUCUAGCCAGUAGCUUUCUGAACCAGUGUUGUUGCUUACUUUCCCAAGCAGUGUGCCUCAUGAUAAUAGACUGUUAAAGGUGAGUUCACACAUGCAUGUUCAUUGCGUGAUGACCAGUAGCAAAAUGAAAGGCAGCACACAACAGCAAGGGACAAGAUUUUUAAAAAAAAAUCAAAAAGGAGCAACAAGUAUGAGGAUACUAAUUGAAAAUAAAUAAAUAUAUUUAAAAUCCAGCACUAAAGUACCUUAAUGUACAUUUUUCAUUUUGUGAAAAACAACCCCAAAAUGUAAUCUUCAACAGCUACAGAAUUUUUUUCUAAAACUUCCCAUUAGAACUUAAAUUGACCCUUUAGAGCAGGCCUGCUCAACUUAGGCCCCCCAGCUGUUUUUGAACUACAAAUCCCAUAAUCCCCAGCCACAGUGGCCAAUAGCCGGGGAUUAUGGGAAUUGUAUGCCAACAUCUGCAGGAGGGCCGAAGUUGAGCAGCCCUGCUUUAGAAUAUAGGUUUUAGUAUGUGUAGAACUGAUUUCAUUUAAGAAGAUAAGUUGACUGUGUGAUAUUUGUGUUUUUUAGCCAUAGGCCACUGCAGUGUUGUGGGUUUUUUAAAAAAACCACUUAUAUGCCAUUUUUCAUAAAAGGUACCACAGCAGUUUGCAAUUAAAACCAAUAAAAUGCCAGAAAUGUAAUUGAAAGCAUCAAAUAAAGCUAUAGCUGAAAUCCAAAAAGAGCAGCAAUACAUAGGGGGGAAGCCCAAAUCAAUCUGGGUAUUACCAUUAGCAGUUUUCAAAGGCUCUUCCAAAUGUUUUUAACCAUCUUUUGAAACGCAUCAGAAAGCGGGCUGUCCUGAUGUCUUUAGGAAGAGUGUCUGUCGGGGCUGCUACUCAAAAGGCUCUGCUCCUAGUGGUGACCAGUGAGACUUCACAUUAGAUGGAAUUUGAAGCUGAACCUCAUUGAACCUCAUCUUACAUACCAGGAAGGCUCACACAGAAAGAGACUUUCUCAGAGAUAGUCAGGACCCAAAUCAUUUAGGGCUUUAUAUGUAAGGAGCCGGCUCUUGAGUUAGCCAACAGAGAUGCUUCAGAAUGGGUGACACUUGAAAAUACAGGUCCAUGCCUACUAAAAGCCACGCUAUGGCAUUCUGUGCUGGCUGAAGGUUCCCAACUUUUAAAAGGCAGCCCCACAUUGAGUGCACUGCAGCAGUUCAGUCUCAAACUUAUGAAAGAGUGAGUAGCAUUUGGUCAAGUUUUUCCUUCCAGCAGUGGGUGUAGUUGGUGUAUAAUCUGAUGCUGAUAAAAGGUACGCCAAGCCACAGCCACCGCCUGGGAAUCCAAGAGCAAAGUUGGGUCCAGAAGUACCAUCAGACUAUGAACCUGAUCCUUAUAGGGACAUGUGACCCCAUCUAGAACAGGUAAGUCCCCAAUUAACUGGUCCAUUUAGUCCCCUACUAUAAUAAACUCUUAAGUUUAUUCACUCUGAUCCAGCCCACCACUGAUCAUGAGCCCAAGUUCAAGGACUUCUGUUGCUGAACCCAGAUGAUCUGGAAAAGAGAAAAAGAGUGCAUGUCGUCCGCAUACCAACAACACCAAGCUCCAUACCUCUUGAUGACCAGUGGCAUCAUUUCGAAGUCAAACAACAUGGAAGACAAUAUUCUGAGGACUCCCAUGGGUUAGCUCUCAAGUGGAAGAAUGACAAUCUCCCUGCAGCACCCUUCCCACCCUACCCUCCAAGAAGUUCAACCACUGCAAAUUGGUGUCCCUGACUCUGAUCCUGAAAGGUGCUUCAGAAGGAUGUUGUGGCUGAAAGUAGUCAGCCAGGUCCCAUGAGGAAUGAUUGUAGGAGCUGGAUAUAUCUAGCCUGGAGAAGAGCAAGGGGAGAUGUGAUUUCCAUUUUCAAAUAUCUGAACAGCUGUCUUCAGAUAGCUGCCUCACAGAAAGCGCAAACUUGUUCUCUGUUGCUCCAAAGGGCAGGACAAAUGGGUUGAAAUUACAAAGAAGCAGAUUUAGGCUAGACGUUAGGAAGAAGCUCUUAACUGUAAGAACUCUUUGACAAUGGAGCAGUCUGCCCCAUGGGCUGGGCUUUCUUUGACUGGAGGUCUUCAAACAAAGGCUAAGCAGCCAUAUGUCAAGAGAUGAUACAGCAGAUUUUUGCUCUGAGCAGCGGGUAGGACCAGAAGACCUUCCAAGAUCCCUUCUUGCUCUAAAAUUCUGUGAUUCGAAGCAGGGCAAACCAAGACAGUAUUAGUCCAAAAACGGAGUCUGAAACUUAAUUGUAAAUGACUGGUGCACAAGUAGCAACCUCCCCUAUAAAUGUUUGUUGGAGUGUAGAUUCUAAGCUAGAUCAUGUAACACAAAAAUGGUUAUGUUUCUGUACCCUAGCUAAAAUUAUUGGCUAUAAUUAUUACAUCUUCUUUCAAGAAAUGGUGCACUUGCAGUGAUCUGUGGGGAUUUUUUUGUUUUUACAAUCCUGAUAUUCUCAUAUUUGUUGCAUCUUUGGGUUUUGAACCUCUCUUUGUUUUCAGUGUAAAAUGUGAUGACUGUAACAUCAAAUAGAGACUUGCAUGGGUGAAUGAACUAUCACAGACCUGGGCGCACAAGUAACGCCAGGCCAUUGUAUGAUAUCACCUCAAAUAUAGACUUUCCCAAAAGAGACCAAUCCCACAUUCCUAUAUGACAUCAGCAUGUCAUCAUGCGCAUAGAUGCAUGUGUGGUCCUGCCCUGUAACUUUUUGUAUAACUGAUUUUAAAAAGAGAGAAUACAUUGUCUACUGAGUGUUAAUCUAGUCAACGUCAUUGCCCACUGGGCCUGGAGGAUUUUAUCUGGCUAGUACUGAUGGUGAUUAUUAAAUGUUGAGGGGUUGCUCACCUAAGCGCUUGUCUUUGGAGGAAAAAAUGUAUUUAUUAACCAAGUGGGGAAGUGUUUUGAAUUCCUGCACAGUGAUGAGAAGGAAAUGCUACAAUAACAUCGUUUUUUUUAGGCUGACAGUGUGACAGAUUAUUCAGUCCCUGUUUAUUACUAUUAAUGAAGGAUUGAAGUGAAAUAUUAUUUGGACAUUUUAAAAUAUUAUGAAAUGUUCACUUUAGGAGAGUAUUUUAAGAUUAGGGCAACCAUUGAGGAAAACCAACUUUAGCUCUAAAACCUGGCAAAUUAUUAUGUAUUUAAACUGCCAUACCAUAUAAAAUUCCAGUUUUACAUAUAAAAAUAUGUGAGGGCCUUGAAUAUCCUGGUCAAUAAAUACAAAUUGUUUGUUCUACC